AUGGAAGGUUUUCCAGCCCUGCUGCUCUUGCUGGCACUACCAGGAGGGACUGGAAUGAUGAAUGAGUUCUCAUGGCAAAUGAUUAGAGUGCGGCUGAGAAAGCUCCAGCUUAAUGACUCCAGAGAAUAUCAACUCCAGAGCUUUUUGCAGGGGAGAAACAAACCACGGAAUAGCAGCAAGCUGGAAGUUUGGGAGGAAUAUAGGUCUUUGGAUACAGACUCUGACCCCAUUCCAUUUCCCACUGAGAAGGGGGACAUUGCCACAGAUGACACCAAUAAGGAGCAGAGCAGUCGCUAUGCCCUCGUGGUGCUGAGCUCCUUCCUGCCCACCACUGCUCUGGUUGCUGCUGUUCUCUUCCUCCUCACCACCUACCUCAGAAUGAAAAGAGCAGGAAAAGGGAUGGACACUGGCAAACAUUCUGCUUUCAGACAGAGAGCACUGCAGCUCAGGGGACACAAAGGCAGCGGGAUGGCAGGAGGGGAGCUGGGCAGAAGCACAGUGUAUGCUGUGCUCAGGCCCCGGCCGCAGCCCAGCCCCGAGGAUGUUCUGUAUGCCAACAUCCAGCCCGCUCCAAAGCUUUGCUGCCACGUGCAGGAACCGCCGGGAAAUUCGGCCUCCUCAGGGCUCGUGGAAUAUGCGACUGUUCUCUUCAGAGCAGCAGCUCCACACCCUGACACUGCAGCACAGAAAAGCACCUGAAGAAAGCAGCACAAAGCCCUGGGCUUGUUCGCUGGAUUCUGCAGAACCGCACUUCGAGCAGCCCGUUUGCACCCAGCUGCUGAAGGUGCACGUGGGGGCACAAACCUGCCCUGGAAAACACCUGCGCUUUUCUAACAGCACAGUCACACCCAGCUCUGGCUGGGCAAAUCCAGGAGAAAGCUGUGGUACGUUUGCUUUUCCAAACUGCUCUAUUUUUAAGUGACAGAGAACUAUAAACCCAAAUACAGGAAACUGGUUCUGCCUGGCAGCAGCUGAUACAGCACCACAGCCAGCAAGGGGCUGUGAGAUACAGGAGAUGCUUCCUUUGGACUUUCUUCAACAACUCACUUGAAUACUCACAGAUAAAGCGUUAAUUACAGCCCAGUCUGAUAAGAUCCAAGUCAGCAAAGUGGUAAAAAUCUGAUUUUUUUUGAAAAACACGAGGCAUUUCCUGGGCUUCAGAGAGACGGACAAUGCACUUGACAUGUUUGAGUAAACAAGGGGCUUGAUGGAAAAUAUUUGUCUACUUUAUAAUGUAAACUGUCAUCAGCUUGAA